GACCUGAGAGCAGCCAUAAUAAAGAAAUGAGAAACUUCAUCUGGCAUCAAUGCAAAGUUGGAGCAUCUAAAAAAUAUAGUUCAGAAGUCAGAAGAUACUGUUCAGAUGUAUACCAAUUGCUUUGA